UCCGGAGGUUAGGGAGAAAAGAGGAAGGAAAAGAAUGGGGAGAGUAACAAAAUGUGCAACGCUAAAAGAGUCUAGAUUUUCGCGGGGUUUCCUUGUCAAUUUAGCAACAGCCGCACGCGAGGCGACGUCAUCACGUGACACUGUCCCCGCCCUUACUCUCUGCCAGGCUGCGGUUUCCAGGAGAUCCAACUACUUGCCGAAGCGGCGGAGGCUGAACCAGGCGAAGGAGGCGGGUGGCCUGACGUACCGACCCCGCCCCACACAGGGAGCAGCGCGCGGGUGUAAUGGCCCCACCCAUCGGCAAAGGAAGGGAAGCGGAAAGAGCGGGAUCUGGCGUGGGAUGGUAGUGGGAAGACUACAGCGUAACCGGGUACGUUCCCCUCCUAGAAAAGGUGGGAAAGUAAAAGCCUCUGCUACUUUAGGGUUGGAAGGAUUCUCGUUGCUGGGACGCUGGGUCAGGGGCUUCGCGCGGACAGAGCGCCCAAACCAGGAAGAGGGAGCCUGCCCUGCACAUAAACUGAACUACGACACGCACUGUGGGGAGGAGCAAAACAAGCAUACUCAGAUGAGGCUUGAUGGUAAUGGGGAGGAGGAAAGGCUGGAUGUAGCUGGUUGAAGCAUUCUGAUGCUGAAGUAAGAGCAAGGAUUUGAUACUGAUACUCAGGCCCCUUAUUAACAAAGCUUCAGUACCAAGGGAAUGACUUUAAAUCUUGCUGGAUGGAACUGCCACUCACCGCUAGAAAUCGGGGAUCGACAGCGAACUCUGGAUGACCCUGUAACCACAUCUCCAGUUCAGCCCGGCGAGGGGCAUCCUCACCCACCAGCAAAGUACCAUCCACCUUAUUGAUGACAGGGAUCCGGGUCUCCAGGUCCACAUCAAGGUGAUUAGGCUCUUCCAUGCAUUCCACCUCCAGCUGCAAACCCAGAAUCCACCCCCAUGAGCACAUACUCUUCUUUUGGGCAGGGAGAGAGGGGGAGCAGAGCCAAUGGUAGCCGUAAAACAUUACCUUCUGCUCCCUCAAUCCCAAAUGCCAUCAUCAAUUACUGGGAAUAAAAACAUUUUCUCUAA